UCCAAUCCAAUCGACCUGCUUCCAAACCAAUCGGCGGGACUUCACAUUUUCGCCGCCGCUGCCGCCGCCAGCACCGCUCCCUGACAUCUGCCGUGCGCGCGCUCUCCACCAGCCGCGGCAAGCGCUCACCCAGCUCGCCGCUUGCUCACGCUUUGAGCCGACUCGGCCGUCCGUGGUCGCGCUCUCCACCAGCCGCGGCAAGCGCUCGCCCAGCUCCCCGCUUGCUCACGCCUCGAGCCGACUCGGCCGUCCGUGGUCGCGCUCUCCACCAGACGCGGCAAGCGCUCGCCCAGCUCGCCGCUUGCUCAGGCUUCGAGCCUCCUACCGUCUGGACUCGGCCGUCCGUGGUCGUCUAUUUCUCUGGUGCUACCGCUACUGCUGGCCUAAAAUUUCAGCUCCUCUCGGUUUGUGGGUUGCAACUGCUACUGCAGCCGCGCCAUAUCAGUACAUCCCAACAACGCAUUUGAUACAUCAUCAUCGACCCAAGACACUUCCAUUUUGAACAGUUAUCUACAGAUGAAAUGAAGGGAAAUUCAGCUAAUCAUAUAACAAGAUACACUAAAAUACAAGAAUCCCGAAGUCCAUUUCAAGAUAUUACAAAUUCGGCUGACUUGCGGAUAUCGUCAAAUGGUAAACAAGAUCUUCUGGUUAAUGAAACUAAACGCCCAGUAUAUCCAUCUGGUGUAUCCAUACAAUCAAGUAAUCCUUCAGAUGGACAUAAAGGUAUUAUAGGAAGAACUGCUUCUGAGCGCAAGCGUUAUCGUGACCGGGAAAGAUACGUGACGAUGACUCCAGAACAGCGCGAUGCCUACUUGCAAAGGAACCGUGAAUACAAACGAAGAAGGAAGAAUCAUGAUGCAUUUAGCUAUGGUGUGCAAUCUGCAGUUAGCCAAAUUAAUAAAAUCACCCAUGGCAACAUGCACGCACCAGCUCUCGCCAACAGUUGCGAUAAAGUUGGACUCUUAAACAUGUUCACAUCAGAUCCAUCUGCCAUAUCUACCUCAUGUACUAAAUUAACAAGCACCGCUCAUAAGCGAAUGUCGACCUUUCUGGAAAGGGGCAGUGAAUACAAGAGAAUGAGAGUGUCUAAUGCAGCAGGUUGCAGUACUACCCUACAAGAAACAAAUGAUUAUGUUUGUGCGUCAGCAGGUAUUGGCCAAUGUAAGUGGACAAACACAUAUAUGGACAUGAUGAGCAAGCUCGGCGGAAAAAGAUCGUCUGAUGAAGCAUCUUGCAGUUCCACACACAAAGAUAAUGGUAACUUACAUGAUCAGUACAAUACUCGAAAAAUGCGAGUAUGUGCUGCAGUCCAAGACCAUGAAGACCAUGACAGUAUGAUCUAUGUCCCAAAUGGUCCUUUUCAUGCUAUAGAAGAAGGUUUGAUCGAGGAAGAUUAUGAAGACGAUGAGAGUUGUAUAUUAAGUGGGCAAGGUUUUGAUUAUUCAUCAUAUCGAGACAUAAAUCAUGAAAUUUGUGAAAAACAAGUUGAUUCGGGCAAUCAUAUCUAUCAAAAUAUACCAAGUUCCCAUCAUGUUUUGCAGCCAGUACCUAACUGUGCACAUUGCGGUGCAAAAAGGUUCCAGUAUGAGAAACCGACAUUUUGUUGCAUGGGUGGCAAGGUCAAGAUAGUGACUCCAUGUGUUCCUGAUGAAGUGCGCAGACUAUAUGCAAGUCAAGAUCCAGAUGCGAAAUACUUUCAAGAUAGUAUACGGUACUUCAAUUCUCACUUUUCUUUUACCUCUCUUGGUGUUAUCUUGGACCAACGAUACUGCAAUAAAAGGUCCGGAGUUUACACUUUUCGUGCCCAAGGUCAAAUUUAUCAUGGACUUGACCAAUUGGUUCCGGUAGAAGGUGGCCCCAAACAUCUACAAUUAUAUUUCUAUGACACUGAUGCUGAUUUGCAACAUAGAUUUCGUUAUUCUCCUAAUCUUGAUAGAGUUCUCAUCAGGAAAUGGGCCCGCAUACUGGAAUCUAACCCUUAUGCUCAAGUAUUUCGAAGCCUUGGUUCAGUGUCAAACCUUGAUGAGUAUCGAAUUGAGCUUAACACAGACAUUUCACUAGAUCAGCGAGUAUAUAAUGCACCUGCUGCAUCACAAGUAGCAGCAAUCUGGGUAGAGGGAAAUAAUCCUCAUGGUCACUUCGAUAGGAGUAUAAUGGUAUAUGGCAAAUCAGACAAUCCACAAUACAUAAAAGCGUACCAUGGUUGUUAUGACCCGCUUUCGUACCCACUUUUUUUUCCAAGAGGGGAAGUUGGCUGGAACUUAAAUAUUGCUAAAAAGAGAGCAAAUGCUAUUGCUAGAAACGAGGAAGAUGACCUCGAUGGAGAUGGGUUAGAUUGUAACUCUGGCUCUUUUGUUUCGCCGAGGGAAUAUUAUUGCUUCAAACUGCAAGUUCGAGCCCGAGAAUUCAAUAUCUUACUUUUUGGAAAGCGGCUGACUCAACAGUACAUUGUUGAUAUGUACAUCAAGAUUGAAUCCAUAAGAUUGGCAUUCUACUUAAAACCAGCAAACCAGAAUCUUAUAAGAGCAGAUUUGUAUCAAGGGCUGGUUGACAGUGUUAUUGCUGGUGAGACACGUGCAUGCAUGAUUGGGAAGCGCAUAGUGCUCCCCGCUUCUUUCAUUGGUGGUCCACGGGAUAUGCGUAGAAGAUAUCUGAACGCCAUGGCUUUGGUUCAACGGUUUGGAAAGCCCGAUUUAUUUCUUACCAUGACAUGCAAUCCAAGCUGGGAAGAGAUAGCAAAAGAACUUGCACCAGGUCAAACACCACAAGACCGCCCAGACUUGGUAGCACGAGUCUUCAGGGCAAAAUUAGAAGAUCUUAAAAAUCUUAUAUUUAAGAAGAAAUUCUUUGGUGAAGUUGCUGCCCACGUGCAUGUAAUUGAAUUUCAGAAAAGAGGACUACCUCAUGCUCAUUUCUUGAUAAUUCUGAAGUCAGAUUACAAAAUAAAUAACCCGGAUCAGUAUGAUCAGAUUAUAUCAGCUGAAAUUCCCGACAAAGAUAAGUAUCCUGUGCUGCAUGAUUUAGUUAUCAAACACAUGAUGCAUGGACCAUGUGGUGUUCUCAAUUGUAAAAAUUCCUGCAUGCAGAAUGGAGAAUGUAAAUAUCAUUAUCCCCGGGAAUUCUCAGAGGUUACAUUGCAAGGGAAGGACUCAUAUCCAAUCUAUAGACGCCGUGAUAAUGGUUGUCAAGUGCGCAUCAGAGGAGCUGUUUUGGAUAAUAGAUGGGUUGUGCCAUAUAAUCCAUACCUACUUAUGCGAUAUAAUUGUCAUAUCAAUAUUGAAGUUUGUUCUAGCAUCAAGGCUGUUAAGUAUUUAUUCAAGUAUAUCUAUAAAGGUCAUGACCGUGCCUCUUUUAUUGUGGAAGCCGCAGGAGAUAAAGUUGUUAAUGAAAUUCGGGAUUAUAGAGAUGCCAGGUUUAUAUCACCCCCAGAAGCGGUAUGGAGGAUUUAUUCUUUCAAUCUCAGUGAGAUGUCUCCUCCUGUGCUACAAUUACAAGUCCAUUUGCCAAAUAUGCAUAUUGUGCGUUAUAAAGAUUCUGAGAGUUUGGAGAAUGUUAUUAGCUCAGAACCAUCUUCAAAAACAAUGCUCACGGAGUAUUUUCGGAUGAACUCUAUUGAUAGUUAUGCUAGAAAUUUCUUAUAUAAGGAGUUUCCUGAAUUUUAUAUAUGGAAAAAGAACAAGACGUGGAGGCGUCGGACAAAAAGAAUUCAAAUAGGAAGACUUGUGGCUGCUCACCCUGCAGAAGGAGAGCGCUAUUACCUAAGAAUAUUGCUAAACCAUGUGAGGGGUGCUACAUCUUUUGUUGAUCUACGUACUGUUGAAGGUGUUGUUUUCUCCACAUUUAGAGAAGCUGCUGAGAGAAGGGGUCUCAUUGAAAAGGAUGAUAGCAUUUCUGAUAGUCUUACUGAAGCUGCAACAUUUCAAAUGCCUUAUGCACUUAGAAGGCUUUUUGCUACAGUUUUGGCAUUCUGUGAGGUAACGAAUGUUCGUGCAUUAUGGGACAAGCACUUUGAAGCCAUGUCUGAAGAUUUUCGUAUGGAAGGUAUAGGAAAUGAGGCAAUUGAACAAAUGGUGCUCAAAGAUAUCGGAGAUCUGCUAUAUUCGAUGGGGAAGGACAUCAUGACUUUUGAUCUUCCAGAUUUAUUGAAUACUGGUGAUUUGAAAAACUUAGGGCGGAGAGAACUAGCUGAAGAGAUAUCUGUUGCAGUUGAUAAAGAAGAUUUGGAGUUGCAGGCAACAUUAAACGAUGAACAAAGGCUUGCUUUUGAUGAAAUACUAGAUCAUGUUUUACACAACAAGAGCAAGGUCUUUUUCAUCGAUGGUCCAGGUGGUACAGGAAAGACGUAUCUUUAUAAAGCUUUAUUGGCUAAGGUGCGUUCCUUAGGUCUAAUAGCAAUUGCAACAGCAACAUCUGGUAUUGCAGCUUCUAUAUUGCCUGGUGGUAGGACUGCCCAUUCUAGAUUUAAAAUACCAAUAAGUAUUCAAGAAGAUACUGUUUGCAACUUCAGUAAACAGAGUGGGACAGCAGAAUUACUUCGCCGGGCAUCUUUAAUAAUUUGGGACGAAGUCACCAUGACAAAGCGACAAGCUGUUGAGGCACUUGAUAGAUCCUUACAAGAUAUUACUGGUUGUAGAUCACAAUUUGGAGGAAAGGUAAUAGUGUUUGGAGGAGAUUUCAGACAAGUCCUUCCUGUAGUGAGGCGUGGCACUAGGGCACAAAUUGUUAAUGCUUGUCUUAAAAAAUCGUAUCUAUGGAAAGAUAUAAAACAAAUAAAAUUACAUCGCAACAUGAGAGCACAAUCUGAUCCAUGGUUCUCUGACUUUCUCUUGAGAAUUGGAAAUGGUACCGAAGAAUCAAUUGGUGAAGAUUAUGUGCGCCUACCUGAAGAUAUAGUUAUUGGUUACACUGAUGCAGAUGCAUCGGUUAGUAAGUUAGUCAACGAUAUCUUCCCUGGACUUGACCAGUAUGGAAGAUUUCCAUCCUAUAUAAGUGCCCGUGCCAUUAUUUCCACUAAGAAUGAAUAUGUGGAUGAAAUAAAUACGCUGCUAAUAAAUCGAUUUCCUGGGGAAGAAAAGGUCUACUACAGUUUUGAUUCAGCAGUGGAUGAUACACAGAAUCACUACCAACCCGAAUUCCUGAACUCUCUAACACCUAAUGGCUUGCCUCCACAUGUUCUCAAGUUGAAGAUCAACUGCCCAGUAAUCUUGCUUCGAAAUUUGGAUCCGUCUAAUGGAUUAUGCAAUGGCACAAGACUUAUUAUUAAGGCAUUUCAAGAUAAUUCUAUUGAUGCAGAAAUUAUUGGAGGACAACAUGCUGGAAAGCGCGUAUUCCUUCCAAGAAUUCCUUUAUACCCAUCUGAAGAUGAUGUCUUCCCCUUUAAAUUUAAAAGAAAACAAUUUCCAAUUCGUCUUAGUUUUGCUAUGACAAUUAAUAAAGCUCAGGGCCAAACCAUUCCAAAUGUUGGCAUCUUCCUUCCCGAGAAUGUGUUUUCUCAUGGUCAGUUAUAUGUUGCUUUGUCAAGAGGGAUAUCAAGGCAAACAACAAGAAUACUUGCCAAGCCAAACAAGGAUAUUGACUCAUCAGGCAAAAGUACCAAAAAUAUUGUCUAUAAGGAGGUAUUGAUGGUACGAUAAAUUUGAAUUAUGAAUCAGUGCCUUUUGUUUCAUGUAUGAUACCACUUUGCAUUCAGGCCUAAUACAUAGGAAGUAGCAUGUUUUUUUGGCAGCACUAUAGUCCCGUUGCAUGCAAAACCAUGGCGCAACUACAGGGGAAUUUGGAACCAUGUGCAUGUUCUGAACGCGAAUAACCUAAAGUGAAGGCCUAUGAUAGCCCUGUGUGUCCAUGUUUCCGAUCUUCACUUCUUUUUGAGGAACACCAAAUUUAGUUCAGAUCCUAUGAAACAUGAAGUGAUGUACUUAUGAAUCAGCUUUGUUAAGACAAUAUGGAUAUCAGCUCAACUAACAGCUUUUUAUAAGCAUACUAAGUUAAAACGUUGUCGUCAUAUUUGGCGCAACAUAUGAUAGACGCUGUCAAUGUAUCCCGUAAUAUUUUCACACAAUAUUUCAUUAGUUUGUAACUAUGUGUAUUUUUUUGAGUUCUAAAAGUCCCAUGUAUUUUUGUUAUGUUGCCUUGUUUGGUUGGGGACGUGCAA